AUGACCAAUGGAUGUCUUACACGUCAAGGGCGCGAAAACCCUAACCCUGGUCCCCUCUUUAAUGCAAGCCUUUUGAAUGAGCCUGAUUUGGUAAAGAGAGCCAAUGCUGCUACGAUUAUACACACCAACAGCCAAGAAUUUGAGAUGGAGCUAGAGAUCCUCUGCAGUGUUCGCCACAACAGUAUAGUUAAUUUGUUAGGUUAUUAUGCAGAAAUGGAGGAGCAGAUUCUUGUUUACGAACUCAUGCCUCACGGAACGCUUUACGACCAUCUCCACUGCGAUCUUUCUUGUCUGAGAUGGAACCUUAGGCUGAAGAUUGUGAUGCAGGCUGCAAAAGGGCUCGAGUACCUUCACAAGGAAGUUUCUCCUCCUAUUGUGCACCGUGAUGUGAAGAGUUCGAACAUUCUGUUGGACGCUGAUUGGGGAGCUCGUAUUGCAGAUUUUAGAUUGCUUACACCUAAUGAGAAGGAUCUUAACGGAGAUGUGACAACUGAUGUCUAUAACUUUAGGAUUGUGCUGCUAGAGAUUCUUAGUGGAAGAAAAGCUUAUGACAGGGAUUGCACACCUUCAAGUAUUAUUAUUUGUUAA